AGAGCUUCCAUGAAAGGGGAGCCAUUGCAGAGGCCUCCUUGAAGCAUCAAUGGAAGGCCAAAUCUUCCUCUUGUGUUGUUGCUUCACUCUCUUCUCCGUCACCAUGCUUUGUUCUGCAGUUGACACUAUAUCUGCAGGUGGGUCCAUCUCUGAUGGAGAGACUGUAGUCUCGUCAGAUGGAUGCUUCGAGCUCGGGUUCUUCGACCCUGAGAACUCGAAACGGUACCUUGGAAUCUGGUACAAGAAGAUAUCUCCCGGAACAGUCGUGUGGGUCGCGAACAGGAACAUCCCUCUCAAUGACACCUCUGGAGUCCUUCGGCUGACCAACCAAGGUAUACUAGUCCUUUCCACCGAGACAAAGGCAAACAUCACCAUUUGGUCUUCCAGCUCGUCUGGGGAACCUGUGACAAAUCCUGUUGCUCGGCUUUUGGAAACCGGAAAUCUCGUUGUCUCUGUUGGAGGCAAAAUUGUGUGGCAGAGCUUUGACUAUAUAGGGGAUACUUUUCUGCCCGGGAUGAAGUGCGGGAGGAACCUGGUGACGGGUCUCGAUAACUACCUCACUUCCUGGAAGAGAAGCAGUGAUCCUUCAAGUGGCGAGUACACGAAUAAGCUCGAUCACAAUGGGUACCCUCAGAUAUUUCUGAGGAAGGGACCAGUGAUUCGUUUCAGGUCAGGUCCCUGGAACGGUCUGAGAUUCAGUGGGAUGCCCAACCUGAAGCCGAACCCGAUAUAUACGUUCGAGUUUGUUUACAAUGACCAGGAGAUUUAUUACAAGUACGAACUUAUCAACAGCUCGGUCGUCACUAGGAUGGUUUUGAACCAGUUUGGCUCCCUGCAGAGGUUCGUAUGGAUAAACCGGACUCAAGAUUGGAUCCUUUACGUGUCAGCAGAGAUGGAUAACUGCGACCACUACUCACUCUGCGGGGCCUAUGGGAGUUGCAACAUUGCCAAUUUGCCUCCCUGUGGUUGCUUGAGAGGGUUCAAGCCAAAGUUUCAAUCUGAUUGGAAGUCAGGUGAUUGGUCUAAUGGAUGUGUCCGUAAGACUGAACUAACUUGCAAGGAUGGGGAAGGAUUUAUUAAGAUCCCGAGUGUGAAACUACCUGACACAAGGAACUCGUGGUUUAAUAGAACCAUAGACCUCAAAGAGUGCGAGAAGUGGUGCUUAAGGAACUGCUCAUGUACAGCUUACUCGAGCUUGGAUAUAAGAGGAGGAGGGAGUGGCUGUUUGAUUUGGUUCAAUGAGUUGAUCGACAUCAGGGAGUAUACUGAGAAUGGACAGGAUCUUUAUCUAAGAAUGGCUGCCUCCGAAUUAGGGUCCAAUGGAGAGAUGAAGAGACGAGUGAGAACCAUAAUCAUACCUGUCCUGUUAGGAGCAGUUAUCAUCGGAGUUAUUUAUGUCUUGCUCGCAAAGAAGAAGAAGCGGCUUAAGCUUGGAGAACAAAUAAUAGAGGAUAAACAAAGCGAUGGCAAUAAUGACGAGGACCUCAAGCUACCGCUGUUCAGUUUUAAUGCAAUAGCUGAUGCCACGAAUAAUUUCUCAGACAAAAAUAAGCUUGGGGAGGGAGGCUACGGACCUGUUUAUAAGGGGAAGUUCAGGGACGGGCAAGAUAUAGCAGUGAAGCGACUUUCAAAGGAAUCCAAACAAGGGGACGGUCAAUUCAAGAACGAAGUCAUACUCAUCGCCAAGCUUCAGCACAGGAACCUUGUGAGGCUCCUCGGAUGUUGCAUCCAGGGGGAAGAGAAGAUGUUGGUGUAUGAAUACAUGCCCAAUAAAAGCUUGGAUUCGUUUAUCUUCGAUCGGGCACAAAGCAGUUUGCUGGAUUGGCCGCAACGGUGCAAGAUCAUCAAUGGAAUUGCUAGGGGCCUCCUUUACCUUCACCAGGACUCGAGGCUAAGAAUCAUUCACAGAGAUUUAAAAGCAAGCAACAUUCUACUGGACGAGGAAAUGAACGCAAAGAUUUCAGACUUUGGAAUGGCAAAAUGUUUUGGAGGGGAUGAAACGGAAGCAAACACAAGAAGGGUCGUUGGCACAUAUGGAUAUAUGUCUCCAGAGUACGUGAUUGACGGGAUCUUUUCGGUGAAAUCGGAUGUUUUUAGCUUCGGUGUGUUGGUGCUAGAGAUAAUCAAUGGCAAGAGGAAUCGAGGAUUCAAUCAUCCUGAUCACAAGCUUAACCUUCUCGGUCAUGCAUGGAAGCUGUUUCAGGAAGGCCGACCUGAGGAUUUGAUGGACGCGCCAGUGAGGGAUUCAUGCGAUAUAUCUGAAGUGGGGCGGUCUAUUCAAGUGGGUUUGCUAUGCGUCCAACAGAGUCCGGAAGAUAGGCCCAGUAUGGCUUCAGUUGUUCUCAUGUUGAGCAGCGAUAUUUCUCUGCCUCAGCCCAAAGAGCCCGGGUUCUUCACCGAACGACAGCUAAUUGAGGGUGAUUCAUCUUCGAGCAAGAUUGACUUUUGCUCAACAAAUAAAAUGACCAUGACAUUGUUGACAGCUCGAUAGAACAUUUUGGUUGUAGUUUACCAUUUCUACAUAGGAUUAAUUUCCUCUGGUUGGUUCCGGAAACCUCAGUUCUCUCCAUUUUCUCAUCUUUGGAAAAUGAUGAGUUAGUAUCGAAUAGAAAUCUGUGUGUUUGUUUUUAGAGUUAAGUAGAGUUGCGUUUUGAUUUUAA